CGUCUGCCUGUCUGUUUAGACAAAUACUCUUCAUAUGACAGAGUCAGUUUCCUGGAAAGAAAAUUGCGAUUCGCAUGCGCAUCUUCGUAUUCGUGGUUCGGUAUAAAAGAUCCUGUAGUGCUCUUGAAAUGUUUUUAGUGCCCGCUAGUGCCUAACCGGUUUGACGUGUCUGAGUUUCCUGCUCGCAUUAAACUCACCAGUCCAAACUGUCUUUCUCUACAGAAAGAUCAUGAAACGCUUGUUCGUUAUCCUGUUGAGUGUCGUCGUCGUGCUCGCCGAUGACAAUCUCGCCGACGAACAUUAUGAGAUCGUCGCACCGAUUGGAAGAAUCCGCGGUUCCACCAUGACCUCCAGACUUGGCAGGAAAAUCUAUUCCUUCCGCGGGGUCAGAUACGCCGAACCGCCGACCGGACAGCAACGUUUCCAAGUCGCAAUUCCAGCGGCGGAUUGGACCGACCUUUUCGAUGCGACUAAGGAAGGACCCGCUUGUCCAGCAAUAUCCGAACAGAAUAUGAUGGAGGAUUGUCUACGUGUAAAUGUCUAUACAACAAAAUUGCCGUCGGCAUACGAUUUCGUAAAAAGACCCGUACUAGUAUUUUUCCAUCCCGGUGGUUUUUACUUGUUCUCCGGUAAAAGUUCUAAUUUUGGACCUCAGUACCUGCUGGACAAAGACGUCGUCCUCGUCACCGUCAAUUACCGUCUCGCGUCUCUAGGCUUUAUAAGCACCGGCGAUUCGAAGGCACCGGGUAAUUUGGGCCUGAAGGAUCAGGUCGUAGCGCUUCGAUGGGUCCAGAGGAACAUAGCUGCUUUCGGCGGCGAUCCCGAUAGCGUCACUAUAUCUGGCUACAGCGUCGGUGGAUUGAGCGUGUAUUUGCACAUGGUCUCGCCGAUGUCAAAGGAACUGUUCCAUCGGGCGAUCAUGAUGAGCGGCUCGACAAUAAUAGAACCGUUUCCAACCGAACAGUUACACUUGGCAAAAAAACAAGCCGAGUUGUUAGACUGUCCGACCGACACCACUGGAUCUAUGCUGAUCUGCUUGAAUUCUAAACCAGUGGAGAACUUUACAAAUACCAUAUCCAAGUUCUUUGAGUGGCAUGGUGAUCCAAUCUUAAUAUGGACACCCGUAGUGGAACCUGAGGUUCACGGCGUGGAAAGAUUCUUGCCUGAACAGCCGAUUGAUCUUAUUAGAAAAGGGAAGUUUCACAAAGUUCCGCUGAUCGCAGGAGUAACUAAAAACGAGUUCGACGGUGUGGUCACCUAUAUUAUUAAGCAACACGAACUCGGGAAUGAUUCGAUAUUGAACGACUUAAACAAUGACUGGUACAGACUCGCACCGAUUAAUUUCAUGUACGAGCGGGAUACACCUCGAUCCAGACACAUAAGUACUGAACUACGCCAAUUUUACUUUGGUGACAAACCGAUCGGUCCAGAAACUUACGACGGUCUCGCACACAUCUACAGCGACAGUGUAAUUAUAUAUCCGAUGCAUCGUUCUGUAAGGCUGAUUGCAGAAAAUUCUGAUCAACCCGUCUAUUUUUAUAUGUCUUCUUAUCAAGGACGAUACAGUUUUGUUAUGUGGAACAAAACCACACCAUAUGGAGUAGCGCAUCAUGACGAUUUGCAAUAUCUGUUCUUUAUGAAAAUCAAAUUCCCGUUUUUUGAAAACGAUGCCCCGGAAAUUCCUAUGGUGGAUCUUAUGACAAGCAUAUGGUCGAAUUUUGUUCAAACUGGACAGCUGUGUUCAGCUUUGGAAGCAAAGAACGUUACGUGGGAACCGUACCUACUAGAAAGAGACAACUAUUUAGAAAUCACCGAGGAACCAACAAUGAAAACAGGACUUUAUCCCGAUAGAAUGCAAAAAUGGAACAGUUUGUUUCCCUUGAAUCUGAAAUAGAAAUCGAUUCAACAUCUAAAAUCGAUAUCGUAACGUGUAAUAGACAUGCUGACCUAAUUUCGUUCGGAAUCACUUAGUUUAGAAACGCUGAAAGUAAUUUCCGCGUUUAACAAAGGAAAGUAAAGUCGAUUUUUCAAAAUCAUUAGGGAUUAUACUUUAUUACAUAUUUAUUCUUCUUUCUUUCGAGUCCUUUGCCUCUUGUCAGUUAAAGAGGUAACCUCUUAUCGUAUUUCUGUAAGCUAUUUACAAUUUACAUUCACACAGAUAUACGGGACCUACAAGUUUUUAACGCCAGUUUCGAACGGCUUAACUUAGAAGGGUUUUCAUGGCAAGAUAUAUCUCGGUGGAUUGCCGUUGUCAAAAAGUAACGAUCGAAUAAAAAUCCUUUAGUUUCUAAUCAAUUUUAAAGCCGGAUGUUUUACGUCAAAAUCAGCAACUCUCUGCGCCAUGAUUGUUAACUAUUACAUAUUUAUAUUAUACAAUACAUUUUUUUAUUAAUAAAAAUUUAAGAUAAUGAAUUAAUCAGUGAUUAUCUUCUUGUUAUUUUAAGUUCCAGUUUUUGAAAAAUAAAAACGAUAUCAAAUAAGCAAAAAAA